GCCAGCUGACUAACUGGGUUGGAGCCUAGCUUCGAGCUGAGCAUACCCACCACCAGUUGGAGCUUUCUUGAGAGAGCAUUUGAGAGUUCGAGCACUAGCUAGCUUGUAGGGGAUGAAGCAAGCAAGGCGUGGGAGUAACAAGCUGAAGCAAUGGAGCAGAGCGGCGCCGGCGCUGUGGCUCCUGCUGCCUCUUCUAGUUUUGAUGGUGCUCAAGACAAAUCUCCUGCCAGUGCUUGCACGAUAUUCAGUAGUCGGGUCUCCACAUAUCGCGGCAUCAACACGCGGUGCGAGUGUGACCAGCAACGACGUCGAUGCCCCGAAAGCUGUGGCUGCACCAAUGAUAAGCAGCAAGCUAAUCUGCAACUUGAGCAACCAUCAGUCGAACACGUGCACCAUGAAAGGCGACGUGCGCAUCCAUGGCAAAUCCGCAACUGUAUACGUCGUCUCGGCGUCCACCUACUGUCCGGAAAAUUCGACGAUCAAGCUCCGCCCGUAUGCACGCAAGUGGGAGGAGCAGGUGAUGCUGCUGGUUCGCGAGGUCACCGUGCGUUCCAGUUCGCCACCAGCAGGCGGCGGUAGUGCCCACGACCCACCACCACCGCAGUGCUCGGUUCGGCACGACAUGCCAGCCGUGGUUUUCUCUACCGGCGGAUACAACAGGAACUUCUUCCACGUCAUGACCGACGUGAUCAUCCCACUCUACCUGACGGCCCGAGAGUACGACGGCCACGUCCAACUGCUUGCCACCGACUACGAGCCCAAGUGGAUCGCCAAGUACAAGGCCAUCCUCGCCGCACUGUCCAGCUACCCAGUCAUCGACAUGGACACCGAGGACACCGUGCGCUGCUUCCAGUCGGCCCAUGUCGGGCUGGAGAGCCACAAGGAGCUGGGCAUCGUCCCGGCUCUCUCCCGCAACGGCUACACGAUGGUCAGCUUCCGGGACUUCAUCCGCUCCGCCUACUCGCUGCAGCGGGCACGGGUGACACCCGUGAGCAGGAGCACAACCGGGCGGAAGCCUCGGCUCGUCAUGGUCCUGCGGCGCAACUCGAGGCAACUCAAGAACGAGGCCGACGCCAUCGCCGCCGCGGCCGGUGUCGGCUUCGAGGUGGUGGCUGCGGGACCAGACGACGUCAGUGACCUGGAGCGCUUUCCCGGGGUGGUUAACUCCUGCGACGUGCUCAUGGGCGUGCACGGCGCUGGGCUGGCCAACAUGCUCUUCCUGCCUCACAACGCCACGGUGGUGCAGAUCAUCCCGUGGGGCGAGCUCAGGUGGGCGUGCCGGCAUUCGUACGGAGACCCGGUGCCAGACAUGGGACUCCGCUAUCUCGACUACGAGGCCUCGGCGGAGGAGACCACGUUGAAGGAGACCUACCCCCGCGACCACGCCGUCUUUACGGACCCGCUCUCCAUACAUCACCAGGGAUUCGACAAGAUGUGGAACAUCUUCAUCAACGGACAGCAUGUCAUCGUAGACAUCGACCGGUUCACAGGGUUCAUGAAGCAACUUUACCAGUCCAUCACCACGGAGUAGAGUAGGCAUCAGUUGGAUGGUUCAUGUUAGACCAUAUAUAGAUGUGCAACUCUGCUAGCUCUUCAUUGGAUACUCAGGUUCCCUAAUUAAAUACUACUCUCUCAGUUCUAAAUUAUUGUAGCUUAUUUUAGUUUUAUCCGAUACCAAAAAUAUAAUACUUUUUAAUCAA